ACCUAACCAGUGGUUCAAACGUCUUCGUCCCUACGCGAAGAUUACAGCUUUGGGUAUUAUUCGAAUUCUUCUUCUUCUUCCUUCUUCCACCUGUAGAUGGCCUCAGCAAUCUCACUGAACGAAUGGGAAUUCAUCAACGACGACGGCUUCGUCUACAAGCGACAGAAACGUUACCCAGACCCGACGAUCACCACCGACGCUCCACCAUCGACAGAUCCCUUAGCUGAAGAACACAACAGGAAGGAGACAAAGAAGAGAGCUUUGAUGAAUUUACGUCUCAAGUACCAAGAAGAAAUUUCCCGCUGGGAACUAUUAUCAAACAUGUUGAAGGCGAUGCAGGACAAAGCUCUUAGUUCUUCUCAAUUAUCCAAUAGUUCGCUUCAAUCGCCUGUCGUUCUUUUGACAGGGAAUGUUUAUCAUCGCCAACUCGAUGAACUACUGAUUCGAGAAGAGUGUGAAGAAAGUAUUAUGGAAGAUUUAUCAAACCUUUGUGAUGUAGUGGAAUCCGUUUGUAGCUUGAGUGAAGAUAAUAUAAAGCAGACAUUAGUGAAUCUUCCAAUCUGGACUUCAUCUCCCCAAGAGCUCAUGAGUUCACUAUGUGAAAACUGAUGAUUAUGGAUUUUGGGUUUUUGUUAGUAGGUAGGUAAGCACAAACUGUAACUGUAAUGCAAUAAUUGAGACAAGAAGAAGAAGAAGAAGAUGAAGAUCUUCCCUCCAUUGUAAACUACUAUUAUAGUAAAGGAUCAGUAAUUCUAGAUUUGAGCAAUUAUUUCUGAUAGGAUGUAUGUUCAAAGGAAGUUUAGCUUUAAUUUGAGAAAUCCUCUCAUUAUUGAAUAGAUAAAUGUUCCUUUUUAGCAAAUCUCCAUUCUUGAUUGAAAGGGAAUAUUUUGAAUAAAUGGUUUCUCUUUAUGGCUCUA